AUGUCGACAUCUUCCGAAAAGGACGUCAAGACCCAGGGCGCCGUCGACCCCUCCAUUGAGGUCGAGUACGCGAGCGACCCUGAGAGAAACGGUUUUGACCAGGCUGCUACCAAGAAACUCCUGCGAAAGAUCGAUUGGGCUCUCAUCCCUUUCCUCGCUCUGCUCUACCUGUUGUCCUUCUUGGACCGCACAAACAUCGGCAAUGCUCGUCUCGCCGGUCUUGAGACCGAUCUCGGCAUGAAGGGACUUGACUACAACGUCGCGUUGUCAGUUUUCUUCCCCUGGUAUGUCGCCGCCGAGAUUCCCUCCAAUUUGGCCAUGAAGCGCUUCCGCCCAUCCAUCUGGAUUCCCUCCAUCAUGAUCGCCUGGGGUAUUUGCUGCACUCUGAUGGGUCUCGUUCACAACUACGCUGGACUUUUGGCUGCUCGUAUGGCUCUCGGUCUUGCCGAGGGUGGUCUCUUCCCCGGAAUCACCUACUACAUCACCAUGUGGUACCGUCGUCACGAGUGCGGUCUGCGAAUGGCCAUCUUUUUCUCGGCUGCCACCGCUGCCGGCGCUUUCGGUGGCCUCCUUGCCCGAGGUAUCGUUGAGAUGGAUGACGUUGGUAACAGACCUGGCUGGGCCUGGAUUUUCAUCCUCGAGGGUAUCAUCACCCUUGCUGUUGCCAUCGCAGCAUUCUUCAUCAUGAACGAUUAUCCCGCCACCGCCAAGUUCCUCACAACUGUCGAGAAGGAAGAGGUCACCCGCCGUCUCGAGGCCGAUCGCUCCGCUCUCGCCGAUGAGUUCAGCAUGGUUUACUUCUGGGAUGCCCUGAAGGAUUGGAAGAUCUGGGUUCACAUGUUCAUCACCAUUGGCAUCUACACCCCCCUCUACUCUUACUCUCUCUUCCUCCCGACUAUUGUUCAGGGCUUGGGCUACACCAACAACACCGCCCAGCUGAUGACUGUGCCUCCUUACGUCGUUGCAUGUGUCUGCUGCAUCAGCGGAGGCUGGUUGGCUGAUCGCCAACGCCAGAGAGGCAUCUACAUGAUCUUCUUCUGUGCUGUAGGAAUCGCCGGCUUCAUCAUGCUUCUUUCUUCGCAAAGCAACGGCGUCAAGUAUGCUGGCUGCUUCUUCGCUGCCUCCGGUAUUUACCCCAACGUCCCCCAGGGUGUCGCCUGGAACGGCAACAACAUCGGAGGCUCCGUCAAGCGAGGUGUUGGUAUUGCCAUGCACGUCGGUUUCGGUAACCUUGGUGGUGCCAUCGCCGGCUUCCUGUACCAGGCCAAGGACAAGCCCCAUUACUACCCGGGCCACGGCACUCUCGUUUCGACCAUGACCAUGUCCAUGAUUCUGUCCACCGGCAUGACUAUCUACCUCCGCCGCGAGAACGCCCGCCGCGACCGCGAGUACAAGGACCCGAGCCAGUACACGGCCGAGGAAAAGGCUGCUGAGCGCCACAAGGGCGACAACGCCACCUUCUUCCGCUACACUGUCUAG